AUGGACAAGGCUACAUCUAUCGUGACUUCGGUCUGGCAGAGUCAGGCCGUGCAGGCUGUGCUUGAUGCUGGCCCGCGACACUGGCUCCCCUACGCAGUCGCUUUGGCGAUGGGCUAUCCGAUCUUGACUCGGAGCUUGCGGUACCGACGAUUGAAGGCGUUACACAGCAAAUUCCCAUAUCGCACUCGAGAAGACAUGGCUCGAAUGACAGACGACGAUGCAUUCGAGAUCCAAAAAGCGAUCGCUCAGCUCGAAUUUCCAAUGAUCUUCAUCAAAGCACUGCAAUUUGCCUUGUUCAGGACAUACGGGAUUCCAACAAUCUCCCACCUACUCGUCCAAACCAGCCAAUUCUCCAACCCGGAAACCUCUCUCAAGCGCUACACCGACACCAGCACCCUCGUGGCAGAAAUGGUAGGCAACAGACCAACAUCGCACCGAGCCUACGCCUCCCUUGCCCGCACCCGCUUCUUGCACUCGGGCUAUAGGGCCUCGGGCAAGAUUCUCGACGACGACAUGCUGUACACCCUGGCCCUGUUUGCGCUCCAGCCCAUUCGGUUCAUCGACCGAUUUGAAUGGCGGCAACUGAGCGACUUGGAACGCUGCGCAAUCGGUACCUUUUGGAAAAGUGCCGGCGAUGCGCUGGAUGUCAGCUAUGCAAAGUUACCGUCUGGUGCUACGGGAUUCAAGGACGGCAUUCAGUGGCUGGAAGAAUUGGAGGUGUGGAGUGAGGCGUACGAGGCCGAGAAGAUGGUGCCCGAUGUGAAGAAUCGGGAAACGGCGGAUCAGACAACGGCCAUUCUGCUGUACAUCUUGCCCAAACCCUUGCACUCCAUCGGGCUACAAGCUGUCUCGUACAUGAUGGAUGACCGAUUGCGCAAGGCCAUGCUAUACGAUCCACCUUCACCCUUCGUGUCUACCGCGAUAUCCAGCAUCCUCUUCCUCCGCAAAUGGGUGCUCCGACACUUGUGUUUGCCUCGCCCAUACGCGUUGCGCAAAGCCCCUUUCACCGAGAACCUCGAUGAAAACGGCCGGGUCUUCGUCACGCAGUGGGACGCAGCCCCAUACUACGUCAAACCCACAUUUUGGAAUCGAUGGGGCCCAACGGCCCUGUUCACUCGUGUGCUGGGGCUCCCGGUCCCUGGAGAUGAGGGAGACAAGUACUAUCCUGAGGGCUAUCAGAUUGAAGAUGUAGGACCCACGUAUUUUGAGGGGAAAGGGCAUAAGACGCUGCAGAAGACGAUGGAGGAGUACAAGGGAUAUCGAACUGGGAAAUGUCCUUUUCAUUGA